GGGAGCGCGAGGCGCCGCGAUGCCGCUAGGCCUGAAGCCGACAUGCAGCGUGUGUCGCACCACCUCCUCCUCCAUGUGGAAGAAAGGCGGCCAGGGCGAGAUCCUGUGCAACAGCUGCACGGGCCGGCCGGCGCCGCCGGGGGCCGCAGGGGCCGCCUACGCCACCACCUCGGCGGCCGCGCAGCACAGCAACGGCGGCGGGGGCGGCGGCGGAGGGAAGCAGAGUAAGCAAGAAAUCCACAGGAGAUCUGCUCGAUUAAGGAACACGAAGUACAAGUCUGCUCCAGCGGCUGAAAAGAAAGUUUCCACUAAAGGAAAAGGGAGAAGACAUAUUUUUAAGUUAAAAAAUCCCAUCAAAGCUCCAGAGUCUGUAGCCACUAUAAUUACAGCAGAAUCUAUCUUUUAUAAGGGAGUUUACUAUCAGAUUGGAGAUGUUGUUUCAGUAAUUGAUGAGCAGGAUGGUAAAACAUACUAUGCUCAAAUUAGAGGGUUUAUUCAAGACCAAUACUGUGAAAAAAGUGCAGCUUUAACAUGGCUCAUUCCUACUACAGCUAGCCCCAAAGACUGUUUUGACCCUGCAACUUACAUAAUAGGACCAGAAGAAGAUCUCCCAAGGAAAAUCGAAUACUUAGAUUUUGUUUGUCAUGCGCCAUCAGAGUAUUUCAAGUCUCGAUCAUCUCCUUUUCCUACCAUUCCUACUAGGCCGGAAAAGGGUUACAUCUGGACUCAUGUUGGACCUACUCCAGCAAUCUCAAUCAAGGAAGCUGUGGCCAGUAGUUUAUAG